GUAUGCCAUACAGAAAAAUUUGCAAUCUUAUGGAUGUACGCCUGUCUAAGUCGAAUCUUCCGAACGAAGGUGUCGUGAAUGUUAUUACCAAGUUUAGAAACUUCACCAUUUGCAACAAAGGUCUUUUGCACAAAAUAAAGACGAUUAUUUGUAAACAACUUGGUUAUCCUACCGCAGCAUCUGUGGAAGGCUCAAUGUCACUAUCAUCUUUGAUGCAUCAAUCGUUUAUACCUGGAAAUGUCAAAUGUGAUGCUCGAGUGAAUGAUUUAUCCCAAUGUGCUAUCACUCAAAAUAAUGAUUGCUCUCAAUACUCGUACGUUACAUGUCAUGUUUGUGAUAAUCCUCUAUUAAAAAACGCAGAAAUAUUCCCAGAUUCUUGGUUUACUGCCUUCCCAAAGAGUCGUAAUGCUUCUAAAGCAAGAAUAUCCAGUGGUAGUUCAUGGUGUGCACCUGCUGCAGAUGGCAAUCAUUAUUUUCAACUGAAUUUCCCAAGUCUUUAUACAGUUAACGUUAUCGCAAUCUUUGGUGACAGUUCAAGUUCAAGCUUUGUAACUAAAUAUCAUUUGCAGACAAACAUUGAUGGUGUGAACUGGAAAUCUGAAAAAUCCCAGAAGAUUUAUCUAGGAAACAAAAAUGGUUACAAUGAUGCGGCUAUAGAAAAGUUUUCUGGUGGCCUUAAAUCAAAAGCUUUGCGAAUCUUUCCAUUGAAAUUUGUUGGUGCACCGUGUUUACGAAUUGAAAUUUGUGGUGGAGACUUACUCCCAGACAAACCAACAGAUCUCAUUGCAACCAAAUCUGCAUCGACGUACCUCGAGAUAUCAUGGAAACAUCCCCAAAACACUGGUGUAAAACUUGGUACAAAUAUCUCGAAUCCUCUCACAAGAUAUGUAUUGAUUUUGCUAAAGGAUACUAUGAUUGUUUUCGAUAAAACUUUGGAGGUAACUGACAAAAAACCGUACAACAUUACGAAUCUUGUUCCUUACGCAACGUAUAAAGUUAAUGUAACCGCUGGCAAUUCUGAAGGCUUUGGUAGAUCAACUACAGCUACUUUUAGAACUGCUGAAGAUGUUCCCGAAGGUCCACCUUUAAAUGUUCAAAUUGUCGCCUUAAGCAGUUCAUCGUUAUCAGUUACGUGGGAGCCACCAGAUAAGAACAAAACAAAUGGAAAGAUAGUCAGUUACACUGUUUGUAUUACACAUUUGGAGAAUGAAACCUGUUCAAUGAAGUAUAUGAUCGAGGAACAGCGUUUGGACAUAAAUAAUGUGAAACCAGGGACAAAAUAUUAUGUUCGUGUUUUAGCUUCUACAAUAGUGGGAUCUGGAUGUUACAGCAAUGGUACAUGGGUAUUUACAAAUGAAUUGGCACCUGAACUGUCCACCAAGCAGAUUGGAAAUACGUUGACUUACUUGUUGCAAAAUCCAAAUUUUGAAUACCGAUAUUUCUAUGUAGUCGCGAUGAAAAAUGUCACAGAAGAGAGUCGAUUGCCUUCUAACUUUAAAAACACAGACUUAGUGACUUAUUCUAAGGCCAUAUCUUCCGCACAACCAAUGCCGUAUAUGGCUGCUGUAGUCUCUCGCAGAGACUUUAAGCCUAAUUUUACACUUGGUGACGGUGAAACCACAACACGGCGUUCCAAUGGUGAAAAUUAUUAUAAUGGCCCGCUAAAGCCUGGCACUAACUACAAAAUAUUUCAGUGCGUUUUCAUUAAUGAUCAGGGUGAUUAUUAUUCCACUGACUGGAGUCCAGUGGCAACAACAGCCCAAAAGCAGGAGUCUUCAGACGGUGGAAACACUGGAGCUAUUGCUGGUGCAGCUGUAGCUGCUGUUUUGGUCAUUAUUCUUGUCAUAUUGGGCAUUCUUUUUGUUAGGAUCAAUUCAAACUCUGCUACCGUGCAGUGAACUGCGUAUUGUAGUCAUUCGACGGCUACUAAAAUUCUCAAAAAUGGGGGAAGUUGAAUUUUUUACGCGAUAUUAUAAGACGUUUUCUGAAAUUUAGCGUACUAUAAAAGAAUAUAAUUAAACAAAAAAUUUUAUUUCCUUUUUAACUGUAAGAGAGAACGAGAGUGAGUGAUUCUGAACAAUAUUUGAAAACAGUUUGGAACAUAACAUCAAAUUUUUAGACUAAGGAUGUAGUCAAUAUUUGAAAUAGGAUAAUGGCUGUAAUACUUUUUAUCUAAAUACAUUAAAUAAGAAAUAAAGUUAAAUUACAAACAAA